GUGGGGGCCUUAGGGCCGGGCCCGAGCACUGCAGCCCUCCUCUGGCCCCCAGUUGGGAGUCCAUGGCACUCGCCAGCUGCGUCCGCGCCGGCUGCCGCACACCUGCCGGAGUCUUCUCCACCCCCAGCUGUGAGACCGAGGCGCCGUCAGUCCCAGAAGGCGCCCCACACCUGCGUUCGUGCCCCAUUUCCCCGUGGCUGCGGGGCUGAGCCCUCCUCCCCGCCCCAGUCCAAGAGGCCCGUGACUGCGACAGACAGGCCAGGAUCCAGUCAUAACUCAAUGGACCUCAGAGGUGUCCUGAAGACAUUUCCCAAGCGGAAGAAAACACGUGCCAAUUCAUCGCCUAAAGUAUCUGCAAAGAUUCCCAAAAGGGAAGAGGGAGAAGCAGCAGCAGGGUGGCUGAGCUCCCUGCAGGCCCAUGUUGUGCCCACUGGCAUAGGGCGAGCCCGGGCAGAACUCUUUGAGAGACAGAUUGUCCAGCAUGGUGGCCAAAUAUGCUCUGCUGAGGCCCCAGGAAUUACUCACAUUGUGGUGGAUGAAGGCAUGGACUGUGAGCGAGCCCUCCGCCUCCUUAGACGGCCCCGGCUGCCCCCAGGUGCUCAGCUGGUCAAGUCGGCCUGGCUGAGCUUGUGCCUGCAGGAGAGAAGGCUGGUGGACACGGCAGGAUUCAGCAUCUUCAUCCCUGACAGGUACUUGGACCAGCCACAGCUCAGCAAAGCAGACCAAGUCUCUUCUCUUGGAGCCCAGGAUGCUCUGGUCGGAACAGCCUGCUCUCCCCCAACUCUUCCUGCCAGACCUAUAUCUCCUCCCCAGAGGGCAGAAAAGACUUCAAGCACCCUAGUCCAGCCUGGCUCUGAUGAUGAAAACAGUGAUGGGGAAGAGACCCAGGUUAAUGCAGCUGAUCUGGAAGCCCUGAUCAGUGGCCACUACCCUACUCCCCCUGAGGGCGAUGGUCAGCCUAGCCCAGCCCCUGAGGGCCUGAGUAAGUGGGUCUGUGCACAGCCUUCCAGUCAGAAAGCGACCAACCACAACUCCCACAUCACAGAGAAGCUGGAAGUGCUGGCCAAAGCCUACAGUGUGCAGGGAGACAAGUGGCGGGCCCUGGGCUACGCCAAGGCCAUCAAUGCCCUCAAGAGCUUCCACAAGCCAGUCACCUCCUACCAGGAGGCCUGCCAUAUCCCUGGAAUUGGGAAGCGGAUGGCAGAAAAGAUUGAAGAGAUCCUGGAGAGUGGGCACCUGCGGAAGCUAGACCACAUCAGUGAGAGUGUGCCUGUCCUGGAGCUCUUCUCCAACAUCUGGGGAGCCGGAACCAAGACUGCCCAGAUGUGGUACCACCAGGGUUUCCGGACCUUAGAAGACAUCCGCAACCACGCUUCCCUGACUACCCAACAGGCCAUUGGUCUGAAGCAUUACAAUGACUUCCUGGAACGUAUACCGAGGGAGGAGGCUACAGAGAUCCAACAGACAGUCUGGAAGUCAGCUCAGGCCUUCAACCCUGGGCUGCUGUGUGUGGCAUGUGGCUCAUACCGACGGGGAAAGGCCACCUGUGGUGAUGUGGAUGUGCUGGUCACUCACCCGGAUGGCCGGUCUCACCAGGGCAUCUUCAGUCCACUCCUUGACAGCCUUCGGCAGCAAGGUUUCCUAACAGAUGACUUGGUGAGCCAGGAGGAGAAUGGCCAGCAGCAGAAGUACUUGGGCGUAUGCCGGCUUCCAGGGCCAGGGCGACGGCACCGACGACUGGACAUCAUCGUUGUACCCUACAGUGAGUUUGCCUGUGCCAUACUGUACUUCACCGGCUCUGCCCACUUCAAUCGCUCCAUGAGGGCUCUGGCCAAGACCAAGGGCAUGAGCUUGUCUGAGCACGCCCUCAGCACAGCUGUGGUUCGGGACGCCCAAGGCCAUAAGGUGGGGCCUGGCCGAGUGCUGCCCACACCCACUGAGAAGGACGUCUUCAGGCUCUUAGGCCUCCCCUACCGAGAACCAGCUGAGCGGGACUGGUGACCCAUGACUGGGGGCAAGGGGUGCCGAGCUGGACUGCUGCUCCAUCUGGCCAUCAGUACUGCCUUCCAGUCUCAACUGGCUGAAUUUCAGUGUUUUAACCACCAGCUCCAUGUGCCUGAGGAAGAGGACCUGCCUGGCUCCCAGGGUCUUCCUAGCUCUCUCCUCUCCAGAAACAGGCUAUUAUCCCUUCUACCUCACCACUGCCUGGUGGAGUUGUGCACCCACACAGCCCCUUGUCCUGUUUAAAGCAGGAACAGUAGCUGGUUUGAAGCUACCUUUCUGCGCUAAGUGCCCAGUCAUUCCUCCUUCCCCACCCGGGGAGAGCCCUGCUGGGAUGGGGGCAGUAAGGGGAGAGACAAGGAGCAUCACCCAUCACCCUGUGGAGCAGAAUGAGCCCUUCUCCAUGUACGUCACACACCCUGCUUCAUGUGCUACUGGAGGUGUGGGGAAGGGGGUGCCCCUGACUGGGUGAGGGCUACAUUUGAAGGCCCAGGAACUCAAUAAAGUGCAUUUGACAUUCAACCUGCCUGGUGUCAGUGAGCUGCUAUGGUCCCUGCCUGCCCUCUUCCACUCAGGUAAGGAUGGAGAUGGGGACUGAAUGGGGACCCAGAAAGGCAGGUUAACUGCUCCCCCUACAAACAGGCUGGGCCUGAGUCAACUCAGACAGGGGUGGGUGGAUAUUAAAAGG